AUGAAUCGGGUAAUUUUUGUGUUUCUGGCGACAUCAGCGGCAGCUUUUGCAUCGGAAUUGAACGAAUGCGAGGCGGCCCGCGACGAGCACAACAAAAUGAACCAGCUAUUGGCUGAGAAAGCCGCCGCCGAAGACAAUGCGUUUCGGAAAAAGCCGCUUCCAGCCACCGAACUCACCGGGAAACGAAAAGAGAAAUGUGAUAAGAACAAAGCCGCUAAACUGCAGCAUCGAGCCUGUUUGAGAGACUCGCGACAACAGCGCUCGAAAUGCGUUGCCUUGGCCAAAUGCUGUCAACCGGUGAAACAAUGCCAAAAUGAUACGACUUUCAAGAGCAAGAUUGUCGCCUUGAGAAAGACGACCAAGGAGAAGACCAAGGCUUGCAGACAGGCCACACAGAAAAGAGCCCAGGCCACGCGUGUGAAAAAGGCGAAAAAGGCGAACAAGGGAAAGAAGAACAAGCAGAACAAGAACGAAACGAGCACCGUCCCCGCGAAAAACAGCCUAAACAAGUGGAAAGAA